CGGCGCCGGCGGGGGUGGGCGGGCGCGCCGGGCGGCAGGUGUCGGCGGCGUCGGCAUUCGGCGGCGAUGGAGCGGCCCCGGGGAGCUGCGGAUGGCCUCUUGCGCUGGCCCCACGGCCUCGGCCUCCUUCUCCUCUUCCAGCUGCUGCCGCCGGAGACCCUCGGCCAGGACCGGCUGGACGCGCCGCCGCCGCCCGCUGCGCCGCUGUCGCGCUGGUCCGGCCCCGUCGGGGUGAGCUGGGGGCUGCGCGCGGCCGCGCCCGGGGGCCCGGUUCCCCGCGGCGGCCGUUGGCGCCGCAGCGCGCUCGAGGAGGACCAGGACUGCGGCCGGGUACCGGACUUCGUCGCCAAGCUGGCCAACAACACGCACCAGCAUGUGUUUGAUGAUCUCAGUGUCUCAGUAUCCUUGUCCUGGGUUGGCGAUGGCACUGGGAUCAUUCUGGUCUUGACUACCUUCCAUGUACCACUGGUAAUUAUGACUUUUGGACAGUCCAAGCUAUAUCGAAGUGAGGACUAUGGAAAGAACUUUAAGGAUAUUACAAAUCUCAUCAAUAACACCUUCAUUCGGACUGAGUUUGGCAUGGCUAUUGGUCCUGAGAAUUCUGGAAAGGUGAUUUUAACAGCAGAGGUGUCUGGAGGAAGUCACGGAGGAAGAAUCUUCAGAUCCUCAGAUUUUGCAAAGAACUUUGUUCAGACCAAUCUCCCUUUCCAUCCUCUGACUCAGAUGAUGUAUAGCCCUCAGAAUUCUGAUUAUCUUUUAGCCCUCAGCACUGAAAAUGGCCUGUGGGUGUCCAAGGAUUUUGGGGGAAAAUGGGAAGAAAUCCACAAAGCAGUAUGUUUGGCCAAAUGGGGAUCAGAAAACACCAUCUUCUUUACCACCUAUGCAAAUGGCUCCUGCAAAGCUGACCUUGGGGCACUGGAAUUAUGGAGAACUUCAGACUUGGGGAAAAGCUUCAAAACCAUUGGUGUGAAAAUCUACUCAUUUGGUCUUGGGGGACGUUUCCUUUUUGCCUCUGUGAUGGCUGAUAAGGAUACAACAAGAAGGAUUCAUGUGUCAACAGAUCAAGGGGACACAUGGAGCAUGGCCCAGCUACCUUCUGUGGGGCAGGAACAGUUCUAUUCUAUUCUAGCAGCUAAUGAUGACAUGGUGUUCAUGCAUGUCGAUGAACCCGGAGAUACCGGAUUUGGAACAAUCUUUACCUCAGAUGAUCGAGGCAUUGUCUACUCCAAGUCUUUAGACCGACAUCUCUACACCACCACAGGUGGCGAGACAGACUUUACCAAUGUGACCUCCCUCCGUGGGGUCUACAUAACAAGUGUGCUCUCAGAAGAUAAUUCCAUCCAGACUAUGAUCACUUUUGAUCAAGGAGGAAGAUGGAAGCAUUUGAGGAAGCCUGAAAAUAGUGAAUGUGAUGCUACAGCAAAAAACAAGAAUGAGUGCAGCCUUCAUAUUCACGCUUCCUACAGCAUCUCCCAGAAGCUAAACGUUCCAAUGGCCCCACUCUCGGAGCCUAAGGCCGUCGGCAUAGUCAUUGCCCACGGUAGUGUAGGGGAUGCCAUCUCAGUGAUGAUCCCAGAUGUAUACAUCUCAGAUGAUGGGGGUUACUCCUGGACGAAGAUGCUGGAAGGACCCCACUAUUACACCAUCCUGGAUUCCGGAGGCAUCAUUGUGGCCAUUGAGCACAGCAGCCAUCCUAUCAAUGUGAUUAAGUUCUCCACAGAUGAAGGUCAGUGCUGGCAAACCUACAUGUUCACCAGGGAGCCCAUCUACUUUACUGGCCUCGCUUCAGAACCUGGAGCUCGGUCCAUGAAUAUCAGCAUUUGGGGUUUCACAGAAUCUUUCCUGACUCGCCAAUGGGUCUCCUACACCAUUGAUUUUAAAGAUGUCCUUGAAAGGAACUGUGAGGAGAAGGACUAUACCAUAUGGCUGGCUCAUUCCGCAGACCCCGGAGAUUACGCAGACGGCUGCAUCUUGGGCUACAAGGAGCAGUACCUACGGCUUCGCAAGUCGUCCGUCUGCCAGAAUGGUCGGGACUACGUUGUGACCAAGCAGCCGUCUGUCUGUCCCUGCUCCCUGGAAGACUUCCUCUGUGAUUUUGGCUACUUCCGUCCAGAAAAUGACUCCAAAUGUGUGGAACAGCCAGAGCUAAAAGGCCACGAUCUGGAAUUUUGUCUGUAUGGCAGAGAGGAGCACCUGACAACAAAUGGGUACCGAAAAAUUCCAGGAGACAGAUGCCAAGGUGGCGUGAAUCCAGUCCGAGAAGUAAAAGACUUGAAAAAGAAAUGCACAAGCAACUUUCUGAGUCCUGAAAAGCAGAACUCCAAGUCAAAUUCUGUUCCAAUCAUCCUGGCCACCGUGGGAUUGAUGCUGGUCACAGUCGUAGCAGGGGUGCUCAUUGUGAAGAAGUACGUCUGUGGAGGAAGGUUCCUGGUGCACCGCUAUUCCGUGCUGCAGCAGCAUGCUGAGGCCAAUGGUGUGGAUGGCGUGGAUGCCCUGGACACGGCCUCCCACACUCACAAGAGUGGUUAUCAUGAUGAUUCAGAUGAGGACCUCCUGGAAUAGCUCUUCAAAGUGGCUGGGACCGAGCACAGAUGAUGGAACCGCAGUACCUCUCAAACGCCCUGUGGCUCCGACUUGGGGGGAAUAAAUUUCCCAUUGUGAGGGACCCAGCUCUGUUUCUGCUGCUUCCACCAAAGCCAAAAGGACCUGCACUAAAGAAAUGUGGGUGGGUGGGGACCUGAAACACUCUCACGAUUUGCUCUGAGAAGGGGGGGGAAUCUAAAUUCUUUAAUUUUUUAUUUCAAGUUCUGUCUUUUUGCAAAGUAUGGGUUCUUUUGGUUUUGUUUCUGUUUGGUAAGGGAAAUGGGAUUGGAAGGGAAUGUUUCACUAACCCCCCUCUUGCAUGUUUUGCAUGGCGCCUGCCCCCAGGCACCUGCCAACCCCAGCAUCAACCAUCACCAAGUACUCGGUGCUGUCCCUGGGCUCUGCCGGCGACACGGAGCAGCUGCUGAGAGGGACUCGGGGGCUGCGAUGACUGGCACGGCCUGGCGGCCUUUCUCCGGCCAGGGACAGCCCCACGCCGAGAGUGCUACAUACCAGCUCCUCACACACACCCCGCCUUUGCUUGCUUGCUCUUUCGGCGACCAUGGACCACAGUGGUGUCUCUUCCCCCCACCCCAUUUAAUUAGGCAAUACCCUCGUUAAUUGCCUUUUGGCAACUGACUUAACCAUGUGCUUCCAAGACACUAAAUCAGGAAAACUUAAAGGGCAAUAUUUUUAACUUGGGGCAGGAAGAAGGGAGCAGCAGGGAAUUGACUAGGGUUAGCACCUAUUAAAGGACAAAUUCUUGCUUCUUCCAAGAUCUUUCCAGCCGUGCUUCAUGUCUGUGCCUGUGAACUUGCUCAAGGACAGGGAGAGGGCUUGCCCUGGAUAUCUGCCCAGGCUAUGGGGUCUUUCCGCUGGAGCCAAGGGAGGGUGUCUGGGGUGGCCUCUGAGGACUGAACAUCACAGUGCUCCAUGUCCUCUGCCACCUGUGGGUGUGGUGGUGAGUCCUUAGGAUGGCUACUUGCUUGCUGCCUCUUGGACUGCUGUUUGCUGUUGUACAUGGAGCCAGGACUAGACAUGUUUUCAGAUUUAUAAACUAUUUUUUAAAAAUCAAGAUUUUAUUACCAGGCUCUCUUCCUCACCUAUUUUCUCCAGCUUUGCCAUCUAAUUUGUUGGCAUGAAACUUCUGGCCGAACCAACCGAAAACACAUGUAUAGUGUAGGUGAUGUUUUACCUGAUGCGUUAAGUUCGUAUUUUAAAUUUAAGGAAGUUUCCCACUGGACAUUUUUUCAGAUCAAGUUAACAGUAGAAUGUGGUGAGGUGGAGAUUUGGGUGGUCACACAGUAAUGGAAAGCUGCAAUAAUUCGUUUUAAUAGAGCUUGAAUAUUUGCUCUCCAGGUAUAUAGUAUAGUACAUUUUUGGUCUUAGUGUCCCUACUGUGCUGGCCACAGUUUCUCCCAGUAAUUAUGGUUGGGACAUUCUUUGGUAACUGCCAUUUUGCUGCUAGUUCAUUUUAUGGUGAUAAAGUCACGAAAAAGUAGACAUGCCAAAUCAACUUUUGUCAGAAUGCGUGAGCAGAUGGCUGUGUUCUCUCCUCCCCAGAAUGGAUUAACAGCAGCAGGGAAAGUGGGAGAGGGGGUGGAUGGAGAAGGUUAGAGACUUUGAAGCUGCAGCAGAACUAAAUGAGUCAGGGAGCUUCAGCUGGGAAAUAAAGCUAGGGCAUUUUCUGUGAAGAGAAUUCGUAUUUGUUUGAGCCAUAGAGCACUGGUCUUUUAGGAAAAGCUCAUUCAUUUUGCAUAGUUUUUAAAUUUAAAAAACAUUCCAAA